UCCUCCUCUUCUUUUUCCCCACAUCCUUUGCCCUCGCCAUGUCUGAGGCCGCAAACGAGAAGGGUAAUGGCUAUGGCAGUGGUACCAGCGACGAUGGCUCCCAGUCUGCUGCCCCAGAAGUCUUCGAGCGACCUACUGGUCUCAAGGGUACCUACUACAACCCUUAUGCACAGGUCGUUAUGUUGGGUUUCGUCUGUUUCAUGUGCCCCGGCCUGUUCAAUGCUUUGAACGGCCUCGGUGGAGGUGGCCAGGUUGACGCCACGACCAGCGCCAACGCUAACGUCGCACUCUAUGCUACAUUCGCCAUCCUCGCUUUCUUCUCUGGAUCGAUCAACAACGUCCUCGGCCCCCGGCUCUCUCUGUUCUUGGGCAGCUUGGGAUACUCCCUCUAUAUUGGCUCUUACCUGGCCAUGAAUAUCCACCCAAAUGCAGGCCCGUUCGUAAUCGCUGCAGGUGCCAUCCUUGGAGUCUGUGCUGGCCUUUUGUGGACCGCCCAGGGUUCGCUUAUGUUGGCAUACCCCACUGAAUCACAGAAGGGUCUAUUUAUCGCCAUCUUCUGGUCGAUUUUUAAUUUGGGAGGUGUUGUGGGCGCUGCUGUCGCUUUUGGUGAUAACUUCCAUUCUACAGCCAAUGCUGUUGGAAACGGCACUUAUAUCGGCUUCCUCGUCCUCACUCUCAUCGGAGUCACCAUUCCACUGUUCAUGGCCGACCCCAAGAAGGUCAUCCGUACAGACGGCACCAAAGUCACUGCCCCUCGUCAGCCAUCGUGGCGUACCGAGAUCUACGGUCUAUACGUCGCGUUGAGGACCGAUCCGAUGAUCGUGCUGCUCUUUCCCAUGUUCUUCGCGUCCAACUGGUUCUACACUUGGCAGUUCAACGAUUAUAACGCCGCAUUGUUCAAUAUCCGUGCCCGCGGCCUCAACAACCUCGUUUACUGGCUCUCCCAAAUCGUCGGCUCUAUCGCCAUCGGUCUAUUGCUUGACUCACGGAGGCUUACACGUCGCAUGCGUGCCUUCGCCGGAUGGACUGUACUUCUCCUCUUUGUCUUCGCUCUCCAUAUCUGGGCCUACUUCUAUCAAAAGAACUAUACUCGCGAGUCUAUACCCGAGGAUUCCCAAAAGAUAGACAUAUACGAUGCAGAAUACGUCGGCCGUAUCUUCCUCUACAUGUUCUUCGGUAUGCUCGACGCGAUGUGGCAGACGACGGCGUACUGGAUGAUGGGUGCUAUGUCCAACGACCCCGCGAAGCUUGCUUACUUCGCCGGUUUCUACAAGUCCAUCCAGUCUGCUGGUGCCACUGGCGUGUGGCGUGCUGAUGCCGUCAAGCUCCCGUAUAUGAAUAUCUUCAUCUCGACGUGGGCGUUGCUCGUCGCAGGAUUGCUCUUCGCCCUGCCCAUGAUCUACCUCCGGGUGAAGAACCACACAGAGCUCGCGGACGAGGCUGUUGCACGCAUGGACGAUGAUGGCCACAUCCAGCCACCGGAGAGCCUGUAGACUGAGAUAAGGCCCGCAAGCAGCGUUACACUCUAAUACCCCGUAUAACCUUCUUAUACUGGAAUUUGUUGACACGAUUAUUGCUUAGUGCUAAGACUUACUUUCGCUCCUUUGUUGCGUUUCGUGCUUGGUUGUAUUCGUUUUCUAGGGUGAUACCAGGAUCGUUCUUCUUGAUGGUCUGUUUGCUUGAUGAUGAUGCAAUGCCUAUUUAUUUUAAUGCCUGUCUCC